CAACAGCUUGUUCGCUCAUCUUUCUUCUUUACUUUCUUCAUCUCCCUCGCCUCAUCCACUUCAGACUAUUGCAAUGGCUCAACCUGUUCGCUCCGUCGACCGCCGUUUUACCACAACCGCUUUUACUUACCCGGGAUAUCAUAUUGCAGCCUGUCAUGGCGUAGUUCGAGGGCUGACCGUUAGGAACCCUAAUGCCGGAAAAGCAGUGAUUGGUGCUUUCGCGUCUCUGGCUGGUGGUGAGAGCUCUACUUAUAUCGAAAUGGCUGAGAAAGCCCGAGAACGUGCCUUUCUCAGGAUGCUGGAGCAUGCUGCCGCGGCUGGUGGAAAUGCUGUCAUUGGAGUUCAAUUUACUGGCCAGGAGAUCAUUCAGAGAAUGACUGAAGUCAUGGCCUAUGGUACUGCUGUCACCUUGGUUCCUGCUCAGCAAGUUGUUCCUCAACAAGCCAUGUCACCCCAACCCAUCUACAACGCUUCACCUUACUCACAACCAGCUUCGCCUUACUCUCAGGCGCCCCUUCAGCAACCCACAGGAUCUAUUCAAGUUCAGCAGCAGCCCUUUUCUCCACCCAAGAACUAAGCUGGUUACAUUUCCUUCCUUUUUAUCAAGGACGAGUAGUAAUUAGUUAAUUAAUUAAUAAAGUGGUAGUAGUAGUGGUAAAG